CCAUUAUCCAUACUCCGUACCAUACACCCUCUAUACUCGGGUUAGCUGCCAAUUCCUCGACUUGUACUCUGCCAUAGCACACAGAGACUGCUUUGUGCUCUCGUCUACUCUGCAUCUGCAUUGCUUUCUCUCGUCGUCCAUUCCUCUUUGACCUCUCUCCGAACCUUGGACUUUUUAGACCACACCCAGCACCGACCGGCAUCAGCACCGACACCUUGACCUGGACCUUGACACCUGGACCUGGACCCGGACUUGGACCUUACUACCUUGACCAUCCGAGAGAACGAAUGAACAAACUCCCACGGACACCAUACUUGUACACACACCAACCACACCCUACCAAACUCGCCCACCCCGUCUGCCCGUCCACCUAUCCAUCCCGUCUCCAAUUCCACCCACCUUGCUCUCCUCCUCACCCACUCUCGAACUCGCCCUCACCUUACCUUAACUUACUUACCUCUACUUACCUACCUUUCCAUCGGGACGGGACCUUACUUCACCUCACCGUGUCCGGGUCUGGCUUGAUCUGACCUCUACCGCGUUCAACCCGCUUGCGCGCUUCUUCCUCCUCCUACUCCUCUUCCCUUCUCUUCGGUCCCCAGCGUCCUUUUUCUUUCCAUUCGCCUUCUAUUCUGGUCUAACGGGGGGGUUUCCUGGACCCAUUGGCCGUAUUACUUGAUUGUCCGAGGGCCAAUCCGUCUGUGUGAGAUCACGGUCGCUCGACGUGUGUGCGAUUCUUCUUUCGCCCUACCGAUACAGCCCUUUCUCUGUCUCGGGCCUCACUCUCGCUCUUCAACUACCUAGACAACUCGCCUUACGUCCACCACCACCACCAGCUCAACUCGCCAACGGCCCUGUCUAGGAUUUCUUUACUUCGAUUCAACCUUGCGCCCCUGUUCUCUCUCCAACUUCUCAGUCUUUUUCUCUCUCCUUCUUACUCCCUCCCUCUCCUGGAAUCCGUCUUCUCUCUGCCCGCCGAGACCGCGACACAGCCCACCCACACACACACACACCUCGCAAAACACAUCCAGACUCGACGCGCGCAUUCCUCACCCUACGACCCGAGAAAUUGGCCCAUAUGUCUUGACGAUGCUCACCACGUCUCUCGAGAGCAUCCACGACUCUUCCGCCCGCAUGCCCGUCUUGGGCCUCGUAGCCGUAGCUUGGUUCUCCCGCGUCGAAUAAGGCUCUGCAAUCAUGCAGACCGUUCCCAGUCUCGUGGGAACUGGCACUGCCGUUGCUGCAGCGGCUGUAGGUCUGGUGUUUGCUCAUCCCGACGAUUCGAGUUCCACACAGUCUUCUUCCAACAGGAGGAUACUAGUCUCAGACCAAGACAUUCCUCCGAAUCAUCGACUGAGCAGCCCUCCCGUCUCUUCCUCACGGCCCGGCACCAGUUCUGUUGCCCAGCUGCCGACCCUCGACGACGCCCGCUACACGCCACUUCCCACUCAUUUCUCCUUUACCUCGAACUCGAAUUCGAAUUCGAAUUCAAACCCAAACGACACCCCGGCCGAACCCUCUGCGCGCCCCCGCCGCCCUCUCAGCUCUCACUUCAACUUUGCGCCCUCCAUAUUGCACAGCAGGAGAGCGUCCUACGUGAAGCAGGGAGACCAAGCAACUGCGCCCUCGGUCAAUGAGGAUACGAGAGACUCGGUUUCCUCUAGUGGGUCCUGGAUGAGACGACUGUCACUACGGCCUUUGUCACAACACGGAAGCAUUAGAUCGAGUUUGGGUUUCGAUAAUCAGUCUGUCGCUUUCUCUCACGGUUCAGCCGCUCCCAUUCUUUCGCCUACCGGUUCUAUUCCUCCUCCUUUGCCUCCGAAUAAACUGGUGAAGCGCCCGCCCUCGGCACAUCAGAAUGGUGCUGUAAUGCGCCGUCGCUCCAGGACACACCUUCCCAGUCUUCGCCGACCAGCGACGAGCCACCAAAGAUCUGCCACUUUGCACCAGAUCAAUUACGACGGAAACCACAUCGAGCCAAUUGCAGAACCAAAGUUCUCCUUUGAUCAAUAUCUUCAGGAAGCAGGAGAAGGCCUCGUGCCGCCACGGCCCCAAGGCGAAUCGACCUUGCAGCAAAAAACAAAAUCAACAACCAAGUGGACCUCUUUUUUCCACAAUCGCAGAGCAAAUGUCAUUGCACGGAGCGUGCCUGACCGUUUAAUUGACAGGAGUCCCAGCACCCGAUCGGCAACAACAAAACGCAUACUAGUACCCGACAGCCAGAAGCAGGAUAUUUACUUAAUAAGGAGUGGCAUGUUGGGCGACUCGGUUGCGCCCAUUGAAGAAGCCCUGGUGCUUGUCGAAGAUCCCCCAUCAGCCGUCGACGACACAAACGAGGAAGUUCAUUGUGAGAAGGAAACAGAGAGAGAAUCGCAAGAAGACAACAUCCCGUCAACACCAGAAGAUACACCGACAAAGCGCACACACCGAUCGCUCACCAUGCAUUUCAACUCCCCGAAUUGGAUGCCAAGAGCUGGCAGCCUCCGACGAACAAAACGCGGGGCGGGAUCCAAAGGUGGUGGUGGUGGUGGGAAUAAGCGGCAUGUGUCUGCGCCUACGACAACAUCCCCCGGCCAGGCGCAAGCGCAAGACAACAACCUUGUUGCGCCUGCAGACGAGUCUCAAACGUCGCCAAAGCAUCACCCUGCCGCCAGCCUAGACCCCACUUCGAAUACGCACCUCAGAACUCGCAGUCGCAACUCUUCGUCGCCCUUGCCGCCGCUUUCACGUCUUUCCAGCUUCAACGUCGACGUUUCUAGACUUGGCUCCUCGUCGGGAGGCGUUACUCCAUCCCCCCGCUCGAUACAUCCUUCUGGCAGUUCCCAGGGCUCGGCAGCGCUAGCUGCUUAUAAUCGCAGCGCUACGACAGACCGCAGUUCGACCAUGAACAGUUCCGAUUUCGAUGCUAGAUUUAUUUCUGGCGACGAUUAUGACACGGACUUACAGAGCGAUACUGUCUUUGACUCGUUGCGAACUGCCGAAUCCGAUCGCAAUCGCGCAGCGGAAACCCCACUCGACCACAUGUUUGAUGAGUCGCCCCCAAGCACUGCCGGUCAUCCCAAAGCAAAGAGGCUGUCCAUCCAGGAAAUGCUCAGUCACUCGUGGGAUGCUAAUGAGAGAAUCAUGGAAGAGGACGAAAACAUGCCCACGCCGGUACGUGUUCAUCAUGAACCCAGAAUUCGUACCGAUUCGGAUACCAUGGCACCGCGCUACAGCCUGGAACGCCCUUCGAAUGAGUACUCGCUCGGAAGCAAGGACUUUGGUCGCCUGUCUAUCGAAGACGAUUUCGAUGAAGAUUGGGCACGCGACGAAGACGAGAUGGCCUACAGCAACCAGCUAUCGCCUCCUAGCUCGAUGAACUCGCGUGGCGUUAGCCCUAAUUUGCGCAUGGCGCUUGCCAACAUUAGCGGUAACGGCAACGCCGAUGCAACGCACGACCCUAGCGAGAGGCCGAGAAGCAACAUAUUUGACUGGAGUGAACCAUCCCAAGAGAAGACCGACCUGGGCAGCUCCUUCAGACCCAAGACCGCCUAUGGAAAGCAAGAACUCGAUAUCAGAGGUGGUCGCGCCGCUAUCCGGAUGCGACCCUCAGCCAUGCACGUUCGCAGCCAAAGUGUGCCAGUAGUCCACGAUCCUACAGACAGAGGACCCGUGAAUCCCAAAUUCGGCACCUGGGGCCUGAGUAGCAAGACUGUCAGCGAGGACUGGGACGAUGACUUUGAGUUUGGUGGCAACGAGAGCGAAGACAAGGAGACCGAAAACGCAUUCGCAAUGGUUGUUCCCGCCUCCAUUCAAGCGUCACAACCCAGCCUCAAGCAGCAUUCCGGUCACAUUAGAGAGCUCUCGCUGCUCGUCAACGAUCUCAAGCGUUUGUGUCGCCAUGGUCGAGAUCUGGAUAUGCUCGGCGGCUCCAACGCAGGCCUUUGGGAGGAAGCCGAGGGCAUCAUUGCACUCGCGUCACCUGAUGAAGAUGAGUUGGAGGGCAUGGACGUGGACUCAUCCUCUAUCAUGAGCGGAUUCGACGCUGCGUCGCCGGACCCUAUUGAGAAGGAAGACCCCUUUGAUGAGGUACACGAGAUCAACGUUUCUAAAACAGCCGUCAUUCGUGAACGCCCCGCUGGUCGUAGACGUUCGGUCUUCUCUCCAGACGACGACAUCUUUGGCGGAAACAGUCCCGCUCCGGAUGAGCUUCCUCCGCCGCGACCGAGAACGCCGGAGAAUAACAUCAACAUGGGUGGUCACGACGUUACCGAUAUUGUCAGAUCCGUCCUGGACGCCAUGCAGCAACGAUCCGUCUCCGAUGCCGCCGUUCGCGACGACAAGCUGCACUUUGGCACCAACAGCCUCAAGGCUCUCGUCAAGCGCGCAGGCGAUCUCCGAGACAUUUUGUCAGAGGUCAUACGUCGCGCAGACCAACUCACAUCGAGCCCUGCCAGAACACCCCGGCAGCACAACGACAGCCCGGCCUUUACCCGGGUCUUCACCCCAGAGCAUACUCCGUCCCCAUCUAGCCCGCCAAAGAAAUUGCCUCACAGCAGGAGCGCAAAUUCUGCACUCGGUCGUGGAUCAGUUGACGCUUCGCCAUCAAGCGGCUUACAACGAAUGCAAAUGAUGACGGUCAGCUGAGAUGAGGCAAGAGAUGUUGAGUCACAACAUCUGGAACUUUGACGGCACGACGGCCUGUCCGUCCUUCUCGGGCUACAACAGCCCUGUACAUGUACGAACAUUGUUGAUUUUCUUGUCUGCAUAGCGACGGGUUUGGGGGGUUUUAAGUUGGAGGUUUCUUUUUGUCCCUUUUUCUUCACUCGAUGCCAUAUCCGACACAAAAGACAGUCCCGGCACUUUUUUCGACUCGAUCGACUCGGCCGAAUCGAGCGAGCCACAAAAUUUCUACACGGCGACAUCUGUGGCUGGCAACAAGCCUUGUAGACAGAUACAUAUCCCAGCUUUUCCAGCUGGGUUUCCCUUACGCUUCUUUAUUAUUUUCUUACCAACGAGAGAAGGCUUAUGACGACGUAAUCAUGUACGAUUUCGCUAGGCAAGUCCUCGAGCCCAGGUUUAAUGGAAUGCCAUGGCAGGACAAGCACCCUCUGGCGAUGGAAUGGGUGGAUGAUGAAAUGGGAAUGCGAACGAAAAACAACACAAAAGGGCAAGGAAAUGAAAGAGGGAAAUGGAAUUUGGAAUCAAAGCAUCGCGCACGACACGUGGUCCACAUUGCGAAGAUGGGCCAUGUGCCAGAACAGAUAUCUACCUCGUUCAGAGACCUAGUGUUCUUUCCAGCUAGUUCUUGCAGUGGCAUUAUGCCAUGGGUAGACGAAGAGGCAGAAACAAAACAGACAGGAUCAGUUCAUUGGUCGGCCCAUUGGUUAUAUAUCAUGGUUUUUUUACCCUCCUAUUUUCGUACAUGUUCUUUUUGCUUCGCAUAUGGUGGUCUUCUUAUUGCUUCCAUUCCGAUAAUUCAUCAUGUGCAAAGACUAUAUGAAUGAGCAGGCGCUUUCCCCCCUGUCCUCCGCCAUGCCACCAUGUCUUUCUUGUUUGUUUUGGAGGGGGGCUUCAAAAUGUCUGGCACGAAUCAGUAUUAUAACCUAGGCUCGCAUGCUCUUUGGCAUUUACUUCCAUCUACAUUAGCGACUUUAUUUUAAGCACCUUCAGAGAUGGUUAUGAUGGGAAAGGAAACAUGGAUCAUGACGGGUCAACGGAACAAUUCGAGAAAUACUCGGGCUUUUUUCCAAAAAAUGGGCGGGAAAUGGGAUUAGGAGGGGCUACUGGACUUUUUCCAGGAGGGGUUGUGGCGAUGGAGCUUAGUAGGGGGAUUCAUGACGUGGCGUCGCGAAGACGAUGAAAGAUGAAGUAGAAGGUGAUGAAGAUGUAUACAUGGGC